AUGAACCCUUUCAAACGCCACCAGCCAGUGACAUCAUUGCUUCUAGCGUCAGCGUUGACAGCAACAAUUCUGCUGUCAACUCCUGCAAACGCUCAGAAUAACAAUAAUAACAAUAUCAAUAAUAAUGCUGGGCAAUCUCUCUUUUUGAAGGAGAUUUUGUCAGGUCGUUGUUAUGAAAAGAUGGUCAAUGCUAACCAAUGUCCUCAAGUUGUCGGGUCUAUCAUGAGCGUCUUGGAUGGUCAAUCCGAUGCCAACAUUGACGCCAUUACCAGUUUUGCACCUUAUUUCCGGCAGGUCGACAUGUCCUCGCCGAACAAUCAAGCUUUGAUUUGGUUGACGGGCAAUGAUGGUUCCUUUGUUGGUGGAAGUACCAACAACAAUAACGGCUACCAAAAUGGUAACAAUAAUAACAACAUGUCUGGUGGCUAUGGCGGAUAUGGUAAUGGCGGUGGUGGAGGAUAUGGUGGAUAUGGUGGCUACUCCAAUCAGCAGCAGCAACAACAACAGCAACAACAGCAGCAGAGCAGUAACUUUGCCUUGCACCGUGAAAUGGCACCCGUGGAACUGGUAACUCCCGAACAAACACCAGGUGGAUUCUUGAUGCACGAUCUGGUCUUUUGUGGUGUGGACCGCAAGAAUGAUUGCAACAAGAUCAACUCGAAUGCCUAUUCGAGCUUUUGGGCCGCUGCCUAUUCUCAAUUUGCUCGUACGGCAUCUGGCCGCGUCCAAAUUGUGAUUGAACCCUAUGCCGAUCUAUCUUUUUUCAGAACCAAUGUCAUUCAGCAGUUGAAUGCCUACCAGGUCACGGAAGUCAUUCUCUACGUUCAAAAUUGUCAAGAUCCUACCUAUUCGCAGCUGACGGAUACCUUUCCGAUUACCUCGGUCCAAUGCAACGACCAAUACAGCGAUUAUGCCUUUUUCUUGCUCUGUCAGAAUCCUGGCUCUGGCGCUUGUAGCAUGCUCAGCCAGGUGGAUACCACUGGAGCCAUUAGUACCCAACAAGAGGCUGCCAUUGAACAACAGGAGGAAGACCAACUAGUCUUGGAAAAAAAGACCGCAGAAGGUGGUAGCGGUGGUGGUGGUUUCUUUUUCAAAUUCCUUCUCUUUGGGAUUGCAUGUACUUUGGUAUACCGUUACAUGCAAAAGCCACGCGGUCCACCCCAAUAUUAUCAAUAUGAUAAUGUUCCUCCGGCAGAAACAACAUCCAUGAGGAUAUAA